AUGCGCUUAGUCAGAAGCUUGGCGCAGGCUAUCCUCUCCUUCCAUCUCGUCUUCCAUUUCGGCUUCCGCCAAUCAAGCUUACAACCUCGCCUUCAAGCCACAACCACACGCAACAGUCUGAGUAACGGCGCCCGGCUAGCCCGCCCAUCUUUUGGGGCCGAGCUAAGUAACUCAUCGUCGCGAUACCCACUUCGAUGGUACUGUGGACCGGUUUGUGCUCGUCCAGUACUCGACCGUACUUGGUACUUCGACAGGGUUGACUCUACGACUAUUCGCCUGAGCGGGAACAUGGCCGUUCCUUUCCGCGUUAGCUUCUCGUUGCCCGUGGACUGACGUUUUGAUAGCUGCUUGACAUCUCGUGCGACGUUAGCAGAACCCACGAGAGGGCUGUCUUCACCGCCUCGGCCGCUUUGUUUGAUCUUCUCCCCACCAGUCGACAGGCUCAUCUACGACAAAGAGGCUCGUGCCGUUCACUUCCAGCUAUCCUUGUAACCUUACAGACAUACCCAUCGUCUUGGAUACUCUCCACAUGCCAAGACAAUGCAUGGCCAACAUCCUCGCCGAAAUUGCCCUCCACUGCCUCAUGUGCCUCAGCCCUCCCAUGUCUGCAACCCUAUAUUUGUCAGUGGACUUUAUAUUUCCCCGAAUCACGUCUUACCACUUCCAUCUGGGAGCGCCGAACACCUGCUCAGAACGGCGACGUUU